UGGCAACGUUUGGGUUUGGCAACCAAGAAAAUAAACUUUGAUGUGUGUGAUGAGAUCGUCGAUCCUUGCUGCUGUUUUGCUGUUUUUCUAUUUUCAAAUUUGUCAUGCUGGAAAUGUCUUACAAUUGAAUAAAUAAAUAUGUCGCAUGUAGAUUCAGGACCACUGGCUAGCUACAAUAGCCUCCAGGACAAACACUUAGCCGGCUAUUUCAACAACACUCGCAUGCGAAGACAUCUUCGCAGAGCAGGUCUGGUCUCUAAAAAUGGAGACCUCAUUACAGAAACAACAUACAGGCUGAAUAUGGCUCGCAAGGAACAUCAGACUCAUGUGCGUGAUCUUCUUGCACAGGCCAUCGUGCACAAAGCGCUUGAUAUUGAACGUCACCGCCAGAGUGAUAUUAAGAAGAAGCUUGAAGAAAUAGCUAAGAUUGAGCUUGUUCGCCGAGUCAGGAUGGAAAAAGCACAUCAAGGUGACGAGGAUAUUGUACCAUUCUUAUCGCCUCGAGAUUCACGUUCUGGACGCCCUAAAUCUGCUGUUGAAUCUACUGCCAACCAUCAUCCAGGAAGGAGAAGGCCUUACACAGCACCAUCUAAACGGCACAAGUCUACCAAAAAAAAGCCAACUGUAUAUGUUGACAAUGACGGUUUUCCUGUUCAUCGUGUUAAACAUGAUCCUGAUAGCGACAGUCAAGAUUUGGAUUCGUCUUGUUUAAAAGGGCUUGAUUCGCAAGCUUUGAAUAAAGCCUCGUUGCACAUGACUGAGGAACCAGAUACUGGAGGAAAGUCACCGUACAAACUGGACUAUGCGAUGUCACCUCAGCCUCCAAAAGGUGGGCGUGGAGGCCGAUCAAGUUCUAACCGAACUCCUAAAAGACCGAUUUAUACUAAAGAUGGAAAACGUAUCAAAGCCCAAUCAACGCGGGCAGGAGGAUAUGCAUUACAUCGUAAAGAGCCAGCAUAUUCACACUCUGUGGCACCGCAGACCAUGUGUGAUGUGACGGUGCGCUAUAGAGGGCAGAGUUUCAAAAUAUCGUACGAAAAGGAAGAUAACCGUGAUGAGAUCAUGAUAUACCAACAGCACUGUGGAGGCGAAAAUCUGAUGGUGUUCCACGGAUGGGUGGAACCAGGAACUGAUUGCGUGUUUACAUCGAGACGACAUCGAGGCUACCCAUUUGGGAUGACUUUCUAUGUGAAUCGCGUUCAGGUUCUGACCAUCAGUGCCUGUUGCGAGUACAAGUAUAAGCCAGGGGUCAUCCUCGGUGGAAGGAAAGGUCACUUCAGAUAUGUUAGUGUUGAGGGAGCUUCACCAUGCUACAAAUGUCUUGUUGAAGCUGAGCUUGCCAAGAGAGAGAGGGACAGAUACAAAGGUACACAGACUGAUGUCCCUCCCAAGGAACCUGAGCCCGUAGUUCAGACGGAUGGCAAGUCAACACAAGUGGAUAUGGAGGACCAGGAGGAGAAAGAGGAGUGUCCAGUUGAUGGCGAAACAAACUAUGAUAAUGAUGACUUUGAAAAAGAGGAGGAAGAUAAGGAGGAGGAAGAAGAGGAGGAGGAAACAAAGGACGACUUGCAGCCUGAUACCUUGAAAAAGGAUGAAGAACAACCAGAGAGUAAGGCACAAAGUGACUAUGAUUAUUCAAAUGAUGAUUAUUUUGAAGAAGAUGAUGAAAAAGUGAGUGCAAGUGAAAAUGAAGCAUCAGGCAGAGAGGAGAAAAAAGAUGCAAAGAAAGAACAUGAUGAUAAAUAUAAAUCUUCUUCAGAUGAUGGAAAAAGUAGACACAGCUCUGAUGGUGAAAAAGACAAAGAUUCAGAAACUGAAAGUAGAGAUGCAAAUAAAAUCACUUUGGAUAAUGAAAGCAAAAUGGAGUCUUCUGAUAAAAAAAGAAGAAAAACGGAACAUUCUGAAGAUGAAAGCAAAACGGCAUCAGAGAAUGAAGGCAGCAGGGAAAGCUCUGAAGUUGAAAGAGUGAAAGAUAAUUCAGAAACUGAGAAAGAAAAUAAUAUAUCUAAAUAUGAAGAAGUGAGAGAUGAAGACAAAAGGAGCAUCUCAUCUGAAGAUGUUGAAGAACAAUCCAUCCAAGAAGACACAACUAUGAAUGAAAAGAAUGAAAAAGAGAUUAGGGCUUUUGGACAGCAAGAUGAGACUAGUGACCAGGAACCAAAAACAGAUGAGGAGGACAAUAAUGAUGUACCAAUAGCCAUUUUGGAAGGACAUGAGGAAGCAGCCAUCGAGUCUGAACCAGAAAGUAUCCCAUCAGAGAGAGGCCAAGGACGAAAAACAUCCUUUGGACAUUACAUUUCAGAGGAAUUUGUUGCUACAGACACUGAAGAUGAGAACAAGAAAGGUGAUGCUGAUGUUGGUACGAAAGAUGCUGCUGUGUACAGUAAUGAUGUAGAGGAGAAAAGACAGGAUAACAGUACCAGAGACACACCAGUACAGGAAGGAGAUGAUGAAACUAGUUCAAAGAAAGAAUAUCUAACAAAUGACUCUGGGUCUGACAAAGACUCAGUGAAAGAACAAAGUGUAAAUUACACUACAGAUGAAAAAGAAAAUGAAGAGAAGAGUAUGGAUUCAAAUUCUGAGAUUAAAGGAGGGAGUGAGAAAGAGGAUGAAAUAAAUCAGCAAGUGUCAGAUGCAGACAAGCAUAAAGAGGAAAAUGAACGAGAGGCAGAAGCAGAGAUUGCUAACAUGGACCCAGUUGAGGAACAUGACCAGGAAGGACAUGUUGAGACAGAUUCUGUAAGAAGUGGUGGUCAGAACAAUGAACACAAUGACAGAUACAAUAAACAGUCAGCAUCACAUCAUAUUGAAAGAGCAAGUAGCCAAAGUUCUGUAAACUCCAGUGGGAGAGAUGAUAAUACAAAAGAUCAAGGACCAGCUAACAAUUCAGGAAAUGAUGUAAUAACACCCAAUGUAGUGAAUGAGAAGCAGUCAUCUCAUAAAGAUGAGAAUGAAUUUGAUCAAGAAAAAGAUAAAGAUUCUCCCCACAAGAAAGAUGACAAAGAGACUCAUCAAGAUCCAACACCACUUGGAUCCAGCAGUAGUCUAAGAAGUAGCGAAGAGAAUCCGUCCACUAUUGGUUACAUGGAAGAUGAUACUAAGAGACCAUUUGAUAACAAAGAAUCUACAGAAUCGCAUGCAUCAACUGACAUUGCAGCAGGUGAUACUUCAGAAAAACAAAGUGCUAGUGAAUCUAAGCAUGAUGUUAACUCUGAACAGACAGCAAGUGGAAUGAUGAAACCACCACCACUAGUAAAAAUAAUUGAGCCCCAGGUAUCACCUACACCUAGUAUCCAAGAUACUCCUAAUGCAGAAUUGAACCAAGAGGAAACUAGAAAGAGGCCAACCUCUGCCACCAGUGUUAGUAGCAGCGGCAGCAGCUCCAGCAAUAGCAGCAGCAGCAGCAGCAGUGGUAGCAGUAGCUCUGCGUCAUCUGAAUCAGAUAGCGAGAAGCUCAAAAACCAUUCGGAUGAUGGAAAUACUUUGGAUUUCAGCAAGAGAGAUCUGUCACCACGUGGUGCUCGUAAAGUCGCUAAGGCUCUGAGAAAGUCAGAGAACAAAAACGUCCAAUCAUUAAUAUUAUCCGGAAAUCCCAUUGGUGACAGAGGGAUCAAGACCAUUGUCAGAGCAUUGGUAGAUCAGCAGAAGGACCACCUAGAAGAUGGAAAAAAAUCAAAGCUGGCUCACGUUAAUCUACGCGAUUGUAAAAUUGGCACAUCUGGUGUAAGUGAAAUUGCCAAGUUCUUGAAGAUUCAUCCUGGAGUGGAGACUCUAAAUUUGGGCUCCAACCCUGAAAUUGCUCUCGAUGGAUGGAAGCAGUUAGCUGAAGUUCUUCAAAACGACUCAUCAUUGAAGUCACUGAACAUCAGCGAUUGUGAAAUGGGAGGAGAUUCAAGUGCUGCACUCUUUCAGGGACUUGUCGAUAAUGAGUCAGUAAUUGAGCUUGAUGUAGAAGGAAAUAAUCUAGCAACCGAUGGUGGUAAAUGUCUGUUAGAGUUAGUGAAAGAUAAUGGUGUAAUAACUUCAAUACAGUUUGAGCGAGAAAAUAACUUAGCCCCUGAGAUUGUAUUGGAAAUUAAAGAAAUUUUAGAAACCGGAUCAUUUGUUCCAUAAAAUAGAUUUUAAUUGUCGUUAGCUUUAUCGAAACUCUGAAGAUUUUUUGAAUUUCUAAUAAAAUGUCUUUCUUUUGGCAAUAUAGACUAAGACUUUCAUCAGUUUCUCAAUUUCAGAUACCUUGAAGAUGAGUGAACUUUUAAGAUUUGGAUUGUGAAUAAUGUGUGUGACAGCUAAUCUGAAAAUUGUAAUUAAUGGGGCUUAAUGGAAUUUGUAAAUAUUGAAUUUUUAAAGAAUAUCGAAGUAGAGUUAAUUAGCAAUAUUUUACUAUUCACCUUGGUGUAUUGAAGCAUGCGAAUGAUUGAAGUUACUUCAUAAGGGGCAAUUGUAUGCAGGGCAUGAUUUUACAAUCCUUCUACUUUUCAUCACAUGAUUUAGUGUAUCAUUUGAUUGUUAUGGAUUAACAUUUGCUAUGAUGUAAGAUUGUAUCAUUGGUGAGAUAGGUAUUGAAUUACUACCCACAUACUGUUCUAAUUAUGUAUUUCCAGUUUCAUAUUUCACAUGGUACAGUAAUUUAUAUGAGCGUAUUUAUUACAAUCUUCCGUGACUUACGGAUGAGAAGUUUUUGUGCACGUUCUACAGUACUGAUAGUUUAAUACAUGUGUAUUGAAAACAUUGUUAUUGAUGUUAUACAAUAGACAAAUUGAAACCUUUAUGAUCGUACGUUAUCCUUCAAUAGUCAGGUUUGGUAAAACAGAAAUAUAUACAUAAAAUGUUUGCACAUUGAAGAUAGUAUUUGUAACAUAGCUUGUUCUAUUUUUCCUGUUUAAUGACCUCAAUUGACCUUGGAUACAAGCAUGCGCAGUUCUAACUACAAAUUGGCUUAUUAAUGUGUGUUUCACUUUAGUCCUGUGUAGAAUAUUGUACUCUUGUGAUAUGAACUUACAAACCAAAGACUUGUUUUUAUGUAUUCAUGAUUGCCUAUUUGCUAAUUGGUCUUAUGGCAGAAUGUUUUUACAAAAUUUCAUGGAUUAAUAAUUUGUAAAUAUAGAUAAUUUUGUGUAUAUAUUGGUCAAUUAUGAUAGUACUGAGGUAAAUUUAUGACAUGAUGUAUAGGAUGUAAUACAUUUCAGAUAUUGCUUUAUUUAAAGUUAACAUAGGGCUGUUUGCUAUGUUCAGUCCUGGUUUAGUAUAUUGAAUGUUUUAUAUACUAAAUGUAGCCUUGUUAGUACGAUAUAAAAUAUGAAAAGGACAGCACUUUAUUGACUAACAUAAGGUUGAUAAACUCUACCCUUCUUCCCUGCAGUAGGUUGCUUUUACUUCUGAAGAUUUUGAGCUGUAUAGUUUAGUACAGUAGAUAAGAUACUUGCCUACUAAUCCCAUUUUUUGGGUUCAAUUCUUGUGACAGCAGGACUUAUUCCUCACAAGUGAAGAAAACUCCACUCUCUAAGCAUCGUAAGUAGCGAGUUACUUGCUGUUUGAUGAAUGCAAAUGAAAGAAAAAGUAGUCCGCAGCGUCGAUUACUAUGUAAUGCUGCGCAUACUGAGUGCUACUCCCACCAUACAGUAUGUUAAUAUGCCAGUUGUUGGUGGCCAACAUUCUUCAUCAUGUGUGGUGGUGAUAAUAACCGUUUUCUUUAUCUGGUUGGCUAUGAUGCAGAGCGUACUUUGAUUUUGUCUAGAUAUGCUCUGACAUUGUCUUAAGACAUUUACAGUAUUUUUAAUUAAUGUUGAGGUUUCGUUUAAAUAUUGUCGUAACAGCAUUGCUGAAGUCAAACAAAAGUUCUGUAUGUCUCAAAAUAAAAUACUUAUUGUA